UUUUAAAUUAAAGGGGAAGUAUACUACGUAUCGCCUACCCGUAACACCUACCGUCUUUCAAGCACACAUAACUGCCUAAGUCACAGCUAGGGAGAACAGGUAUGCUUUGAUGUUGUGGCACUUUAACAAGCCAACAGCAUGAAAAACUUCAAAAGCCACAGUUCGGGGAAGUAUUCUAACAGUGCUUUUUCAUAACUGAGAUUCAAUUUCUCUUCACAAUCCAGAACUUUACCUGUCAGGUCCUCAGAUUAGAUGGCAAACAUGCCAGCAACGGUGACUCACACCACGUUCAAGAACGCGAUAUCCCCAGGCCUGGACUCUUUGAUUAUUGUGGCAUCCCCUCAGGCACUGAUCCAGCCUCUAGGCCUUCUCCGGCUGCUACAACUGUUGUCUACCAGCAUGGCUUUCUCACUCGUGCUCUAUAUGGGUGCCUGGAUGGGCCCCAUGGGAAGCUGGUGCCUGUUCUCCUGGUGCUUCAGUUUCGCCAUGACACUGAUCGUCCUGGCCAUGGAGAUGACUGGACUCCAGAGCCGCUUGCGCCUGUCAUGGAAUGAUUUCCCCAUCACUUGUGCCUGCUAUGCUCUACUCUUCUGUCUGUCGUCUUCUAUCAUCUAUCCUAUUACCUAUGUGCGGUUCAUGUCUUACGAUUACGUCAGAAAAUAUUCUGUCUGCGCCCUUAUAUUCUCAUGCAUCUCCUGUGUGGCUUAUGCGACAGAAGUGACCUGGACUCAUUCAAGGCCUGGAGGUAUCACUGGCUACAUGGCCUCUACGACGGGGAUGCUAAAGGUUUUUGAGACCUUCGUUGCUUGCGUCAUCUUUCUCUUCCUCAACAACCCACAACUAUAUACGAAAGAACCUGCCCUGGAGUGGUGUCUGGCCGUGUAUAUCAUAUGCUUCGUCUUAACCAUGGUGAUUAUCCUGCUCUACCUGGGGAAAUGUACCAACAUCCUGCCCAUCCCAUUCACCACCUUCUUGACAGGCAUGACUUUCCUGUGUGUCCUCUUGUACACCACCAUCAUUGUCCUCUGGCCUCUCUACAAGUUCAGUGAAGGGUUUCAGGGAAUACCCCAUCGAGAAAUGGAUUCGAGCUGCACUUAUAAACAUGCCAACUCAGUGUGUGUCUGGGAUCGCCAACUGGCAGUGACGUUCUUGACUGGAGUCAACCUGGUGGCGUAUAUAGCUGACUUUAUGAAAUCUAGCUAGCUGUUGGAUAUUGAGAUUCUAAGAUUCACAUGUCAUGUCACGUCUCUAUGGCAACAAUUUCAUUUUUUCUUGCUAUCUUCUCCUGUCUCCUUUUCUUUAGACCUGGUUCAUUGUUCUCUUUCCAGUUUUCCUUCCUUCACUUUCCCUUGAUCUAGCUUGUUUUCUUUUUAACAUCCUGUUUUGCCACUGAGCUGCUUCUUCAUACCCUUCAGAUUUAACCAUUUUGUGUAUCCAGUCUAUAUUUUUCUGUUAGUUUUCUCAUCGUUUUAUUUCCUGAUCACUUCUUUUUCUUUCCUCGGGGAGCUCUGAGACUUCUUACUGAUUCAUACACUACUCCCACCCCUAAAGGUGUUGGCUUCAAGCAUCCCAGGCUCCUCUGCUGCUCUGCAUGCCAUGAACCUGAGGAGCUUCUUGUCAAACCAUGAUGAAAUGUUAUCUUAAGUUUCGGAGUUUCUUAUUUAAACACUGUUAUUUUUACCUUUUAUGUAUUAUGUUUCCUCCAUUACUCCUUAACUUUUAUUUCUAAGCCAAAACAUUAUCACAUGUCAUUUUAUAUCUGAAAUUUCUCUUUGCUUGACUAAUUACCACUGGAUGGGUUUGAUCUCAGAUCUAAUGUUCCAAAUCUUAUUGGUCCCACAUAUGCAAUACUAAAGCAUAUUUUAUUUCAUAUGCUCAACUUCAUAUGCCCUUGUUAUCUACUACACAGAAACUUCCUAAUAUAUAUCAAAUUUGUUAUUAUAAAAUCCAACAUAUAUUAACCAUCAAAUUUAUGCAAAAACAAAGCUGAUAAGAACUUCUACUAAAAACCUAUAAAAGCUUGACUUAUCUUAAUAAACUGAAUGUUUUAUUAUGUUGUUAUAUGCGGUUUGAAUGUAUAAGAAAAGCACAAAUCUGUAUAUAGGGCAUCACUGUGGAAGGGAUUUCAUUAAUCUAUUAAUAUUUCCACUGAAAUAUUUGUUUUCUAUAACUAAUUAAACCACAGUGAUAAUACACAAUUUAAUAAUAAGGAAUUUAUUUCUAGUUGUAGAACUAGAAAUAUGAUGUCACAUGGUGAAGUUCAUUAAAACUUGAAGAAGUAUAUAGAUAUGUUCAAAAUCAACUCACACUUUACGUUCUUGAAAGCCACAUAUGAAAAUUUUGCUUCAUCAAAAUAAGCUGAUGUCUUUCUUCAUAGUCAUUCCAGAGUAGGCACAAGGGUAAUAAUGUGGUUUGAACUUGUAUUCUCCAACAACAGUUAAUAUUGAAUAAUUAUAAAUGUGUAUAUAUGACAUUUAUAUAUCUUCUUUAAAAUGUGAUUGGAGUUUCCAGGGGCUGACAAGAUGAGAGAGAACAAAUGAAGAAUGUGAUCUAUUCAGUGUUCUGUGUGUGCAUGCGAUUGAUGUGUUUUCCCAAUGACUCCCUCUUUUGCAUCCUGCAGCUGCUUUUAAUAUAAUAACCCUGCAGUUUUUAAACAUUUAAAAAAUAAUUAAGAUUUUUAUAUACUA